UGGAUUUGAUUAUAGAUGGCGACGAAAGGCAUCAUUCAACAGCUGACUAUUGUCAAGUGUCAAUGUGAGUGUCGAGUACAUUUUGCUGAUAAAAAAUAAUAAUAGGUAAAUAAACUAUUAGUUUUGUUUGUGUAUCAAAAACCUAACAGCAGCAUUUAAACCGAAAUUACCACCAAGGAAUGUAUCACGUCAACAUUUGCAUCUAGCCAACAUGGGAUGCUGUUACAGCUUUUUUUGCAAAGAUGAAAAUUCAUCACAGGCUGGCGAUGUUAACGAAAGGACUCAUCUUUUAAUAGACCCAGUAUCAAAUAAUGUUAAUAUACAAAGAGAUAGUGAGGAUAUUUUAAGUAGAAACUCUAGUAUAUUACCUAAAAAGACUGAUGAGCAAUCCGCACUCACAAGGAUAUUGCAGGAGACAGCAGCGAAUGUAAUUGAUGUUGCUGCAUUAGGAACCCACAACUUGCAACAGCACGAUUACCUUGAACGCAUGAAACUUUACAAUAUCAGAGUUCAACAGAUAAUGAAUAACAGUAGGCAGAAAUUCAACAGAAAAGGAAAUUGCAUCUUGCAAGAUAUACCUAAUCCAGAAAGGGUGCUAGGCUCCGACCCAAUUGCGGCUGAAGAUCUGAAUCUGAUAAUUUCUGCAGUAGCCGGUGCAUCAGCGGCAAUCAGUGACAUCAAAGUGGAUCAUAAAGAAGACCUUGUUGUACCGUUUGGACUGCUAAACUCAUAAAAUUAAGCACAAACACUUUUUUCAGGAUGGAUGAGAUUAGGUAUCACUGUGUUAAUUUUAUUUUAGUAUCGAAUAAAGAUCUCUUAUCUGCAGAAAAUGUAUUGUCAGACAGAAUACAUCGAUCAAUUUCAGUCUUAGAAGUACAGGGUUGGCCGUAAUAUACAACUGUAAGUAAAUGCAGGUUAUAACAUUUUUGAUUCAUCUUUUGAAUAUAACAUUCCUAAAAUGUCCUCCAGAUCAAGAGAGAAGUGUUCCAGAUACUUGCCUGCAAUUUGUUAUUGAAAUUGUCACCAUUUGCCUUCUGUCACAUAUGCAGAGUCAGGGUUGAUUGAUUUAAAUAAUUUGAUUUAAACCAUGAUUUAAAUCAAAUAUUGAUAUCAAGAGAUGUUUUUAUUUAAAUCAAACUUGAUUUUUUUCACGAAAGUCAGAGAUGCUAACGAUUCAUUUUUUUUUCACUUUUCUUAUCCAUCUCACUUUUCAUUGAAUACAUUCACUUUUCUCACUAUUUUUGCUCUAGCUGUACAUAUGCACGUUUUCGAAGGAGCUGUCCUCCUUCUCUCAAGCCCCACGAAAUUAAAUGAAUUAAUUUUCUUAUAAAAAUUAACUAUGAUAAAGUUGUUCAUGUACAGGGUUCUCCCCAAUGUAGAACAUGAGAUUUAUAAUAUGACACUGGCCACCAGGAAAGCCUCAUUUAUCCCCUCUCGAUUUAUUUUUAUUGAGAUACGUCAAGACCACUGUUUUCAAUAAUUUGAUUAAGCAAAAGUUUCUGAAGAAAUGGCGACAAUGUGAAUUUCAAUAACACCUUACACCUUUCGUUUGGAAGAGAGUUCUCGGUGAUCUGGAUGACAUCAGCAUGAUGUUAUUUUCAGAAAGUAAAUUAAAAAUGGUCGUUUUACAUUACAAAACUAAGUACAGGGUGCCUCAUCUAUUACUUUUUUUUCUAUUUGAAAAAUCAACGCGCUUUUUGCGAGGUGAAAUCGAAUUUUUUUAUUGAUAAAUGAAGGUUGGUUUAUGCCAUUUAUGUAUCAACAAUAACAUCAGUCGUGUGACUUCGUUUACAGGCUAACAUCCGAACAUUAAAAUUUUCAAUGACUUUUCCCAGAAUAAUCGGGUCUGUGGUCGCAAUUUCAGUCCGAAUAUUGCGCUUUAGGUCUUGAAUUGUCCGGAGACCAUUCGCAUACACUUUUCCUUUUAAAAAUCCUCAAAUAAAGUAGUCAAGAGGUGUUAAAUCGCACGAUCUCGGGGGCCAACUGACAUCCGAAUUUCGUGAAAUUAUGCGGUCUUGAAAUUUCGUGUGCAAUAAGGCGAGAUGUGUGAGCCGUUGCCCCGACUUGAAACCAAAGAUCGUCGGCACCAAUACGAUCUAAUUGUGGCCACAAAAAGUCUGUUAACAUGCCGCGAUAACGUUCCCCAUUGACGGUAAUGGCCUUUUGUUCUGCAUCUUCAAAGGAGAAUGGUCCAACGAUGCCACCAGCCCAUAAUCCGCACCAAACACUCACUUUUUCAGGAUGGAGAGGUUGUUCAUGAUAUUGGUGUGGAUUUUCAGCCCCCCAGAAUCUGCAAUUUUGCUUAUUUACGUACCCAUUGAGGUGGAAAUGAGCCUCAUCAGAAAAGAGCACUUUGGCCGAAAAUCAGUCUUCUCAGCAUUCAGUCAACAAAAACACGCCGCUGUUGAUGGUCUGCCGGAUUCAAUUCUUGUGUUAUUUGGAUUUUGUAUGGAUGGAGGUGUAAAUAGAAGUGUAAAAUGCGGCGUAAAGUGGUCUCACUAAUUCCCAAUUGUUGCGAACGGUGCCUAGUCGAGGCGGUUGGAUCAUCUCGCACACUUUCAUUCCCUGCGGCUGUGGUUUCACGAGUACGAGCUGGACGAGCAUGUUGGUAUGGUCUACGACCUUCAGCCGAACCAUUUUUCUCAAAACGAUUAACAAUCCAGGCUCUGUAGGGCGUCCAUUUCGGCCAAAACUAGUGCGAAGUUUGCGAAAAGUAUUUUUUAUAUUUCGACCGUUUUCGUAAUAAGUUUGGACAACCAAAAUGCGUUGAUGUGUUGUAAACGAAUCCAUGACUAUAAGUAGCAAACCUUUGACAGUUCAUUUAUCUAUACAUGACCUUUGACUCACAUGGUAACACAUAAACUUAUAGGUAAAAAAAAGUAAUAGAUGGCGCACCCAGUAUAACCUGCUUUUGUUUACAGUUUUUACGACAGUGACCCACCCUGUAUAAUCUCUCUAUGUUAUUCUGUAUUAUGAUGUGUAAUGGUGCUGUGCAGUAAUGGAAUCCAAACUUCUUGAGGAUGCUAACAGCAAAAAAUGCGUGUGCCAUUUAACGAAUGUUUAAGGUAUGCAUCAUCAUGACAAGUUUAAAAUGUAUAUUACUUUUAGUAUUUGGAAAAUAAGACUUCCUAUUUUGAAAGUUUAGCUGUAAAAAUUAUUAUGCUUGACAUCCGACGCUAGAUUUCACUAGAGUUACUAAAAUUCCUUGUUUCAAAUUGGUGAAUCGCACUGUCAGAAAGAUCAAUAAAUGCAAAUACACGAGGGUUGCUUCAGAAAUAAGGUUCGCACAUUUUUUUCAGGCGCAAGGAAUUUUUCAUAUGAAAAAACAAAUUUACCAUUGGAAACGUUGAUCUUCGAGCUAUUUUUCUCCAUAGUCGCCAUUUUUUUCUACACAUUUAUUUAGACGUAAAAUCCACAUUUGCACUGCCGCCAGGCUGUAUAGAAACCUGGUAACUGCUCCUUAGACUCCUUCACAACAAAAUCACUCGAUUCAGUCCUUUGGUUGUUGUGAGACAUGAUCAUGUGCAUUGUCAUGGUGUAGUCUUACGCUUUGGCGAGUUUUCCCAGGACGAUUUUGGAUUGCCCGACUGAGCUUUUUCAGAUGUCUCAAGUAUUUCAACUGCCUGUUCCCGAAUCGCGAUUCGCCGAUCUUCGAGUAAGAUUUGCUCAGCCUUCGCCACAACUUCGUUGAUCAUAGUGGAUGCUUAUACACGUUGCCCCGAGUAUUUCAAACUUCAAUCAAGUGGCGAUAAAUUUCUAUGGGUGGUAACAUUUUCGCACCUGCAUGCGAUGAAGGACUCGGUUGCGCAUGCAAUAGGCGCUUCUUGUUGGGGUCCCGACGAUAUGGGCAGAUUUCAGCUAGCAUCACACGCGGCAAAGAUAGAGCGUUAGAGAUUUUUGAGUCAACCCUCGAAUAUAUUAAAGAACCGAGAUUUUCUUCAUGAUGUUAUUGGAUUCUUAUUAAAAUAGUCUAGCAACACAGUGAUAUCAAUUUAUUUAUCUGAUAAGCAGAAAUGAACAAAAAAGUGAAAAUGUAAAUACAUUUAUUGACUAUUAGAUAUUCAUACUGAUAUAAUUUUAAUUUUGCUAAUUUGUUGUUUUGAUAUACAUUGAAAAAUCUGUACAUUAUAUAUUUGUAUGAAUUAAAAAUUUAAUAAACCUAGCACUUUGUUAGAGCCGAUGAUGCGGUAUUUUCCACGAGUAUCCAUCAGGGUAGAACAGAGGGGAGUGGAACGUCUUAUGGCCAAAUCGGCAACAUCAAGGUCAUCCUCUCUAGGAAAAAUAUCAAAUAUGGCCUUUUUUUGGUUAAUAAAAUAAAAAAU